AUGUGGAAGUUCGCAGCUGUCUGUCAGUUCCUCUUUGUCUUCGAUGAGGCCUUCGGCAUGAGCGGCUUCGAGACGGAAGCGCUCGAGGCCGACUUUGAAGACAGCGAGACCAACGUCGUACCCGACCUCAUCAAGCGCUUGCUUUACACCUUGACCCUCGAUCGCACCAUCGACUUUGACAACUGGCAGCAUCAUCUCAGAGUGCAGUACGACCUCCGCGAUGUUGACGCCAACAGCCGCUUCGGCACUUCUGAGCAACCCAUCGCGUGGGCACACCUUUCGCUCGAAGACAAGAUCGCCACCCUCCACGACCUCUGCGAAUGGCAACUCAUGGAUCCCGAGAGGUUCCGCAAGCUCGUCAAGUCUGAGGAGGACAUCACUACUUGGAGGGUAUCGCCCAUCGGAUGGGACGCUCAUGACAAUGCAUACUGGCUCUUCGACGACAAUCGCAUCUGGAUCCAGCGGCCACAGCCCCAACCCAAACCAGCGGUAAAGCCGCGCGCCCCCGCCAAGAAAGGCUCAAAGCGCGCCAGGCUGGAAGCUGCCGCCGCACGACGUGCUGCUGCAACAAACGCCAAGCCAUCGCCAGCGUCCAAGUCGGGUGGUACCAACAAGCGCAGCCGUCCCUCGGAUGCGACUCCCACCUCGACCCCCUCCAAGCGUACGCGAUCGUCACUAGCUGACUCGGCCGCCUCCACGCCUUCCAGACCCCCUCCCAGACGUGGAACACGCACCUCGGCGCGCUUCGCUCCUCACGAGGACGAGGGGACCAACACGCCUUCGAACGGUCGCGCCUCGCGGUCAGCCGCUGCCUCUUAUUCUUCCGACUCGGAGCUCAGCGAACCUCCCGAGACGCUCGAAGGCGACGACGAUGAACAGGACGCUGCCAAUACGAAGGGCGAAGAUGGCAACGACGUCAAGAUGGAGGAUGUAGAGGCUGGGGACGUCAAGGAAGAGCAAGCGGAGGAGGGAGAGGACAGCAAAGCUCAACAAGACGACGACGAGGAAGACGACAAGGCCGAUGUCGACGAGGUUCACGCAGAGGACGAAUGGGUCGAGUUCAAGGCCAUCGUCGUCACCCGCCAAGAGUGGCUCGACUUUGCCAAGCGCUUUGCCAAAUCCAAGGAUCCAAACGAAAAGAACCUGCAUCAGUUCAUCAACAAAGAAAUCCUCGACCAAGUGCUCGCCGCUCUCAACGAAAUCGACCGCCAGCGCGCGUUGGAACUCGCCCUCGCCAACCGAAAGCGCUCCAGCCGAAUCGCUCUCAAGGAGUCCGAGCGCGAAGAGCGUGAGCGUGACCGCGAGGCGCGGGCCCGCAUGGAGGAAAAGAUGGCGCUUAUUCGAAAGGAAGAAGAGCAGAAACGCCAAAGGGAAGAAGAGGAACAGGAAACUCAGCGAUCUAGGGAGACGCGACUACGCGAACGAGAAGAACGUCUGCGUGCACGAGAGCUCGAGAUUGAGACCAAGGCCAUCCGCGAAGAGGAGGAGCGCGAAAGAAAGGAGAAGGAGCGCGAGGAACGCAUUCGAAGACGCGAAGAGAUCAUCGCCAACGGGGGCAUUCCACCACCGUCCAAGGACUCGACACCCGUCCCACAAGACGCGUCGACUGCCGCCAAUGGAGCCGUGGACGGAGGAGACGAGGAGGAGGAAUGGGAGCUCAACUGCGAAGUAUGUGGCAAAGCGGCGAUCAGCCCGCCCGACGAGGACGACGAGAUCGUCUGCUGCGAGCAGUGCGGUGUCUGGCAGCACAUCAAGUGCUGGGACAGCUUCGACAAGCAGAUCCUAGGCUUGAAGAAGAAGCGAGACUGGGAGUCGGAAGACUUUUUCUGUUCCAAGUGUCGCCCACCUGCUGCCGGCACUCCUGUGCCGCAUCCGGGCAUCCUCUCGCGUCGCGACAAGUCGAGUCCGCUUAGCAAGAAGCGCUCCAGCAACGGCUCCGAGUCUCCUUCGCGAAAGGCGGAUGGGACUGCAGCAGCAGCAAAUGGCAGCGCAGACUCGCCGCGGCAAAGGAUCAAGCUCGUAUCUGGAGCCAAAGAUGCUGAAGCGUCCAAGGUGCCCGAAUCAAGCCAGCGCAAUCCUCCCACGGACUCUGUUGGCAACGGGCUCGUCGAGCCACCGACGAUCCCUUCGCAAAGUCUGCGACCUCCGACAGCCGGAGCACAGCCUGCUGAGACGGGCACUCUGUCCUCGUCAGGCACCGCGCCGCGCCUUGUCCAUGCGAUAGCUGGCACAGGCCAGCUCCCACCCCCUUCGAGCCACGCUGUUCCAGACGGAGGAAACGCUGCAUCGCCCAGCAUCGGUCGGCCUUUGCUUCCCGCUGCCAACGUUAGCGCCCAUGGCGUCGGAGAUGCCAGCAAGGCUGCGAACGGAAGCACGAGUGCAACAGCGCCGUCACAGAGCGGUAGCGGGCUGGGCAUGGGCCGACCAACGCAGACACCGCAGUUUUCGGCCAUCGGUUCGCCUGGCUCGCCUUCUUCUUCUGGCGCCGAGUCGAGUACCGGCACAGCAGCGCAGGGCAAUGGAGCUACCGCACUGUCGCCACGCUCGCCCUCGUACGGUGCCACACUGGCGAGCCCAGCUUACCGUCGACCGUCGCAGCCGUCCGGAUCGUUCCCCAUGCGACACAUGCCCGCCAAGUCGCCCCUGUCCAGACCGUACGCGCCGCCCUCGCAGAACGGCGACCCACCUGCCAACGGCUUCAGCCUGCCACCUCCUCGUGCCGAUAGCCCGUCGGCCGACCGUGGUAGUGGCCACUUUGCGAGCUUGAGUGAGACGGCUCAGACGCUGCACCGUUCGUCGGCCGCUGCUGCUGCUACUGCUACUACUACUGCUGCUGCACCGGAGGUCAACGUUGCUGCGGCUCCAGCUGCGGCUCCGGGAGCGCAGCCGGUGUCGUCGCUGGAAAACGUGUUCGGUCGCGUAUUUGCACCGGCAUCGUCUGGCGCUGCUGUCCCAGGCGCUGCUACGAUCGCGCCACCGAGUGAUGCGGCACCGGCGGUGCCGGGAACGUUAUUGGGCUCGGCUUCGCGGCUACAACCUCCCGUAACUGUCUCUGGUGGAAGCGGUGUGGAAGUGGCCGCACCCAGCGUCGACGGAGGUGGCGCGCUUGGAGACGAUGGAAAGAAGAUGCACACCGCCGCCGCGAAUGCCAUGCGCACGUUGGAGCUUGGUGUCCCUUCGUCGCCGGUAGCUGGACUUGCGGAGAAGAGCGAGCACAAGCCUGAAGCAGGACCCGCCGCUGCUGCUGCCGAGGCCAAGCUUGUCGAGCUGCCGCCUACGCACAUUCAGAGCCCUUAG